AAAAGUUCCCUUUCAUUUGGCUCUGCUGUGCGUGUUAGAAUGUGUUUAUGCUAUGCUGUUCGUGCCGUGACGGUUUCUUCUCCUCCCCUCCUUUUUCUUUCUCCAGUUCCUGUCCCUCCAAAAUCCGUUACUUCUUUGAUGAUGAAUAAAGAUGGCUUCCUGGGUGGAAUUUCGGUCAACACAGGAGAGGUGUUCUGCUCUGUCCCCGGCCGUUUGUCUUUGCUUAGUUCAACUUCCAAGUACAAAGUAACAGUGGGAGAAGUUCAAAGGCGCCUUUCUCCCCCCGAGUGUCUGAACGCAUCCCUGCUAGGAGGAGUGCUGAGAAGAGCCAAAUCGAAAAACGGGGGGAGAUCUUUGCGAGAAAGGCUAGAAAAAAUCGGUUUGAAUUUACCAGCCGGCAGGCGUAAGGCUGCAAAUGUCACUUUACUCACCUCCCUGGUGGAAGGGGAAGCAUUACAUUUGGCCAGAGAUUUCGGCUACACCUGUGAAACAGAAUUCCCUGCCAAGGCAGUAGGAGAGCACAUUGCCAGACAGCACAUGGAACAGAAAGAGCAGACAGCAAGGAAAAAGAUGAUCCUAGCAACAAAACAAAUAUGUAAAGAAUUCCAAGACCUUCUCAGUCAAGACAGGUCACCCCUUGGAUCCUCCAGACCGACUCCAAUACUAGACCUCGACAUCCAGAGACAUUUAACACAUUUCAGUUUGAUCACUCACGGUUUUGGAACUCCUGCAAUAUGUGCUGCCCUAAGCACUUUCCAAACUGUUCUCAGUGAAAUGCUGAACUACUUGGAAAAGCACACAUCGCACAAAAACGGAGGAGCGGCGGAAUCCGGCCAAGGACACGCCAACUCGGAGAAAGCCCCCCUACGGAAAACUUCAGAGGCUGCUGUGAAAGAGGGCAAAACAGAAAAGACAGACUAGCUACAUCAAACAGAAUCUAUUUCAAGAGAGUCUUGCUGCUGAUAUUUUUUUUAAAUAUAUAUAUCAUUGAGGGCGAUUUAUCUCCAGUGGACCAAAUCCAAAAA